GAAAAAGAAAAAGAAAAAGAAAAAGAAAAAGAAAAAGAAGAAGAAAAAGAAAAAGAAAAAGAAAAAGAAAAAGAAAAAGAAAAAGAAAAAGAAAAAGAAAAAGAAAAAGAAAAAGAAAAAGAAGCAAAGGCAAAUAAAAGGGAAAAGAAGAAGAAAAAAGGAAAAAAAAUAUACAAAGAAGAAAUAAGAGAGACCGAAGAAUAAAAAUUAAAGAUAAAUCGAAAUAUAAAAAGGAAAAGAGAAACGAGAAAGGAAACAGGAAAAAAUAUUGCAAAGCGUGGGAGAUUUGAUAUAACAGCUAAGAUGCUUACAUUAAUCCCCGGCAAAUUUACCAAUGGAUUAUGCUAUGGUGGAAGCAGUCCAAGUUCUGCCCCCAUUGAUGUUUCUUAA